GUACUGUUGAUGAUUCUAUGAUUCUUUACGUUAUUCAAGAACAGUGCUUGUGAUUGUUAACACUCGGACCGUGUGUUUCUAUGAUUUUCCUUCAAGAUCUGAAAUCUAGAACUGUUGUGAAAAGGCAAUCAUUGGGGCCAAGUGCAAGACAAGAUUUAGUUAAUUAAUUAGUUUAGUUAACGUGAACUUUGCUUUGUGUUUAAGGAACUUAGCUAUGAUUGUUAGCUGAUGUUGUAGAAUGUUUAGAAAUUGAAAAAUAGGGCUGACACUGAGAGAUAACAUACGACGAAACGACGCUGUUGUUGUCAACUACUGGAUUUAUUGACAUUAACAUCCAAGCCAACUUAAUUUAGUCACUCAUCAUGGCAAGAUACCAAGAUGAAAGCAGUCGUCCUCUUGAUGAAGAACUAGGUGGAAGGUUAAAUCCAUCUGACGGAACAGAAGGUGGUAAGGUAAAGAUCGUAAAAGAUGAUUCUGAAAUAAUAUCUUUUGUGGAAGAUUUACGUACCAACAAAAGUCCAAGUGAGCUAGUGCUGACCAGUCAUCCUAUUGCUGAUGACAUUAUAUUUAAGCCAGUUAACAAUUCCUCAGAUGCUCCAUUGUUAGGAGAAGGUAGUUGUGCCAAAGUUAUAAUUUUAAAGGAGGAAUAUACAAAUGAAAGACUUGCAUUGAAAAUCGUUGACAUCUUGCAUCCCGAUUUUAAUUCAAAUGAAGUACUUUGCAUGUAUGAGAUAAGAGGUUUGUCUCACUUCGAAGUUAUAGCUGGUAUCUUAUACAUUUCAAUGCCAGUAAUCCAAGGAAUGGAUCUAGGGAAAGCUAGACAAAUUCUUAAAAAGUCAAAGUUGCCACAACGCGACUUCAUCCAGUUUGGUUACUAUGUGCUAUGUCAAACUCUAAUAGUGUGUCGUGCUUUGAGGGAAAAAAAAAUUAUUCACUGUGACCUACAUAGUGGAAAUAUCAUGGUGAAUGAGUCGAUGGGAAUAAAAAUAGUGGAUUAUGGCUCAUGUUUUUAUUCUGAAGUCGCUGAUAAAUUUCAAGAAAAAGCUGAACAAGAUUUAACUAUCAUAAUGAACACAUUUUUUGAAUUUUGUUUUGGGAGCGAUUUUAAUUUUGAAGAAAUAAAAAAAUCUACGCUCUGGAAGAAAAAAGAAUAUAAUAUGGAACAACUUAAAGAUAUGAAAGUGGAAGAACGUGAUGAAUUUCAAGCCAUCAUGCACAUGGUUGAAAACACAUGGAAGGGAGAAGAUGAAAUGACAGAAGCUAUAAAGCGUCUAGAAAAUCAAAAUUUCAACAAAUCAAUAAUACAGAAACUGUUGUUAAAUCAUGAAGAUUAUAAGAAAUACAAAGAAGAACUUAAAAAUGAAGUUGUCUUUGCUUCAAGCACAAUUGCAAGUAAGGAGCUGAUUAUAUGCUCCAGAGAAAGGCGUGCAGUAAAUUCUAAACAAGACCUAGAGGAGCUAAUAUGCAGAUUUGAGAAAAUUAGAGACAAAGAAAUACCACGUGGUUUUAUUGUGAAUCCUUAUAUCAUCUCACGUAAUUCUGUGGAAUUCAACAUAGAAAACUACAUGGCCGUAAGUGGUGCUGAAACUUGGAAUUUAUCAUCAAGAUCACCUGUACUAAUACAAGCUCAUAGUUUGCAAAUUGAGUCGAAGGAGAUAAAAAACUUUAAUGGAGACGAAUUAAGAUUUAUGUAUGACUACAAAAAAUCGGAGCAUGUACUAACACUUUAUAAAGUAUCACAUAUUGCCAAUUAUGUUGUUAUUGUGAAAGAACUAAAAGAAGGCAAAACUUUAGCACAAAUAUUUGUAGAUGGCAAAUUCAACAAUGCUAUUUAUUUGUUAUGCUUACACUUGCUUCAGUUUUAUAAUCUAACCCAAAACUACAUUCAUGGACCAAUUCAAGCAAAAACAGUUUUCUUUGACAAGAGUUCAAAAUUAUUUUGUGUAAGAGACUAUAGUUCUGUUAAGAAAAAAGGGAAUUCUAGUUUCCAAGAUCAAGUGAAGCAGGCACAAAAUUUUAUUUUUAGCAUCAUUAACUUGAUUUAUAAAGGGGAAAAAGAAAGUAAGAAUGAAAACGAUGAUGUAACGCAUUAUAUGGAGAAACUGAAAAUUCCAGAUAAUGGAGAUGUUAAUGUAAAGAAACUUGUGAAUCUACUUAAAGAAGCUGUUAAACUCGAUGACAAAUUUCCUGAUGUCUCAGAAGUAGUGACGUUUUUAGAAAGUUUUAAAAUGGAGCUUGAAAAUGUUCAGGAAGAUCUCUGGAAUUACUUCUUUUCAGACAAUGAGGACGGUAGUCCGAAUUUGGGUGUUUCGUUGCGUUAAGUACUGUUUUGUUCCGUUAUGUUUUGUAUAUGUAGUUUAUCC